UUAAAGAUGCAGUUUGUAUUAUUUUCGCCGCUAGAUGGCGCCAGAUCAAACAAUAACAAUGAUGUUGUUUACUGACGCUCUGAAGCAGCGUGGAAUUAUGGGAUUUGUAGUCUUUAACUCAACCACUGAUGGCCAUCAAUCAGACGCGAACGAGAAAUCACGUAAGACCUUUCCUCACCAGAGCGGGAAGCUGUGGAGGAGUUGUUGCCCGGCAUUCGCACCAGACGGUACAGCUUGCCACACAUCACCCUGGCUCCAGGCACCCGGAGGCGACCAAGGCAUGCAACGAGCGAGCACCCAUCUCGAUGCAGCUUCACGGACCGCGUUCGGGGCGAACGGAGACGCUAUCGCACAGCAUGAAAACGGUAAGACUCCGCUUGUCAUUGUAACCUGCACUACUUGCCACAUGUACAGUUUAGCUUCUUCCGUCAGCACAGAGGGGUUUACAUGUGUUAAAUGUAUUGAAGUAGUAAGGCUAACGGAGAAGGUUGCAGAACUAGAAGCGCACAUCCGAACGCUCGUUGAGGAUGGUAAAACCGCUAAUGUUAAUGUUUCAAACACUGUUUCGGGUGCGCCUACGGUAACGCGUAGUACACAUAGCUCGGUUUCGGCAACUGAGUUAACACGGCCGACUAACUGGGUGACUAUCAGGCGGCGUAGUCAUAUUCGAUGCCCAUCGAAGUCCCCCCUAGUAAUUUCUAAUAGAUUCGACAUCCUAAGCAAUACACCGGCUGAGACAUCUGUUAAAGGUGCCCUUGUUAUUGGAGACUCGAUACUAAAGAACGUGAACAUUGAGGCACCAGCCACCAUAGUUGACUGUAUACCGGGAGCCAGAUCGUCAGACAUUAGAUCCAAACUUAAAAUGCUGGCUAAUGCUAAGCGUAAGUUUUCAAAAAUUGUUAUUCAUGCCGGCGCAAAUGACACCAGACUACGCCAGUCGGAGAUCACCAAAGAUACUAUUAAAGAGGUGUGUGAAAUUGCAAAAACAAUGUCAGAUAAUGUAAUAUGCUCUGGUCCCCUCCCCGCCUACCGGGGUGAUGAAACUUAUAGCAGAUUAGUGUCUCUUCACCACUGGAUGUCAAAAUGGUGCCCUCAGCAUAACGUAGUGUUUAUAGACAAUUGGAAGCACUUCAGGGGGAGACCUGACCUGCUAAAGAGAGAUGGCCUUCAUCCGUCAUCGGAAGGAAAUGCUAUACUCUCUAGAAAUCUGACCAAUACUCUUAAUUCUAAUACAGUCUGACUACCCAGGGCCCAGGUCAGGAAACAGAUAGAUCGGCCUACCCGUCCAUCUGUUAGCUGCUCUGACAUGUCAAGAUCACAUAUAUCGCAGAACUUAGAGUCUAUCUUACCAGAGUAUCAACACAUUUCAACUGUGUGCGUUCCUCGAACAAACGAAUACAGAGCACCGUUUACCUCGUCUCGUACAAAUCUUACUAACAUAAAAUUAGAAAACAAUACGUUUACAGAUGAACCUCGAAUGUUAAAAUUCGGCCUUCUUAACAUUAGAUCGCUUACCAAUAAGGAACCCAUUGUCAAUGAAAUAAUUACUGACCAAAACUUAGAUGCACUCUCUUUAACAGAAACCUGGCUUAAAGCAGACGAUUACAUUAGUUUAAACGAAUCCACCCCACAAGACUACUAUUACAAACAUGAACCUCGAUUAAAGGGGAGAGGGGGUGGUGUAGCUACAAUAUACAACAACAUUUUUAAAG